AUGAAGGAACUUCUUGACUCGGAUCGAGUCAACUUCCUGGUUUGGAGGUAUUUAUUAGAAGGAAAUUAUCGAGAGACAGCAGCAAAAUUCCAGAAGGAGUGGCACAUCAAAGAGCCCCAUCGGCAUUUUGAUUUCGCCCCUCAUGUCCAGAGCCAUGCGUUGGUAUCUGUAAUCAAUCGGGGGCUUCUCUACAACUCCCUAGAGAGGGAGGUUUCCCGAAAACAGCUGCCGCAGGGUGUUGCCGCCAACUCUGAAGAGCGACAGUUUGGUGUGUUUGGACCCUUAGUAGUACAGCCGCCUCGGAAAAUUGAGGACGACGAGUCGGAGGAUGCGGAUGGAGAUGCAGACGAUGAUGGCAUCUUGGACGAGCAAGAUAGAGUAUCUCGGAAGCGCCAGAUUGACCCGCGACUGCAGCAUCAAGCAGAACAAUGGAACGGCUCACCAUUGAAAAAACCGCGCCUAAGCAAUGGCUACGAAAAUCGGAUGGACGUGGACUCAGCCACCACACCUUUGGACACUGGUGUUGAUUCAAACGGUCCGGGCGACAACCACGCCUACCCUUCACCCAUGGAAGGCGAACCAGCUCCCACUCCAAUUCCCCGAACGGACGGUCCCGACCAAGGCACUCAAGUCGAAAAAGUCCACGAGUUGGCCACCCAGACGACUUUUCUACGAUUAACCGCUGGAGAUUCGGCACCAGGACACACCAACGGCACGGGCGAAAAUGCACCCAUUUUGUUGCACUGCGAGUGGAACCCCAAGGACCCGUCCAGUCUGGCGGCUGCUGGAACAGAUGCGCUAGCCCGUGUUUGGACCAUUACUCGUGCGACAACUGGCUCUCUGCCGAACGGUGACAGCAGUGCCUCCGGUCACGUGAGUACCGUAAACCAGCCGUUCCACACCCUCAUCGACGACGAGACGCCUGGCAACGCCAACGUGACGGCGCUCGCCUGGAAUUGGGACGGAACGGCAAUUGCGGUCGCUACCGACCAUGGAAACAAGGCGAGGAUUAAUAUUUGGGGUCCCGACGGAACACAUCUCCAGAGGUUUGAGGUCGCAGAGCCACCCAUCAUUAAGCUGCGCUGGAACCCCAGUGACGCUGCCUUGCUCGCGAUUUCGAUCGAUAAUGGAGGAAUGCUGGUGACUGUAUACCCUUCGGCGACAUCUAACACGUUGUCGUACUUUAUUCGAGGUCACGAUUUCAACAGCUGGCCCCUGGAUGCCGCAUGGAUUAACGAGACCGACUUCCUGCUAUGUGGUGGGGAUAUCUUCCAAGCCCUUCAUUGCACCGAUACUUCGAUUGUACUUGCGAGGAAUUUCGAGCUCAAGCCGGACGACAAUUUCACCCAGGUCCUGUUCGACUGGCGUUCCAAGCUCGUGGCGACAUCAAGCGACAAGGGCAUCAUUGAUCUGUGGGAUGAGGCGGGUCAGCGCCGAUCGAUAUCGGCCCAUUCCGGAGCCAUCACGGCCAUGCAGUGGCAACCCCUCCAAACGAACCCUCCCGACGACGAGCGACUUAUUGCGUCCGGCGGCGACGAUUGUGCAAUCCUAAUAUGGAACGCGCGCAUGCCCGACACUAAAGCCAAGUGCUUCCUUACGAUGGAAUCUCCGAUUGUCGCGCUUGCGUUCACGCCAGAUGGGGCCUUUAUUGCUGGAGCCACCGCGACCCGCGUUCUCAUCUGGAAGGUUGGCGACCAUGCCAUCCCUAGAGCCAGCUGGAGCCGCACACCGCAUCCCGGCUGGCUAAGCCCUCGGGCGAGUGCAGAGACCGAUGAAGAAGAUGUUCAUUGCCUGUGCUGGGAUGCGACAGGACAAAAACUGGCCUAUGGUGCCAAUAGCAGAUCCCCCGCGCCCAACCUUGAGCGCGAACCCAAGCCCAAGCCCAAGCGUAAAUUAUCCCUCGAGUUGGACAUCGAGGGAACAAGGAAGAUGUUCCAAUCUAUGUUUGGCGAACAGGCCGGCGAACCUCGCAAACAGAGCGCCGAAAUUUUGGGUUGGGACAAGAAAGAGGAGUGA